AAUAAUGAAGAACCAAAAGGAGCUCCAUGAUUUCAUACAUACCACCUUCAUAGAAUAUCUCCAAGACGUUGAUGAAUAUAACGAGAGGAAUUUUAUUGAAUCAUUUCUUAUUCGGCAAAGACAGGAGAAUAUGAAGAUGACAAAAGAUGGUUAUUUCCAUAAUGAAAACCUUAAAUCCCUUGCACUUGAUUUAUUUGUUGCUGGUACAGAAACGACAACAAGCACUCUGCACUGGGCCAUAAUCCUAAUGAUGAAGUAUCCAGAAAUUCAAAAGCAUCAAGCAGAUCACAUUCGAAUAUGAGCCAAGACUGAAGAGACUGUUCCAUUAAGAAUAAUGUAUUCCAACCAUGAUAUGACCUUGACUCAUCUCUAUGUGCUGCACCCAACAUCUCAUUCUUUGAGGGUGAAGGUUUGUUCUCCAAGCUUGUGGAUUGGUUUCCAAACGUUUCAUUGCCAG